GACCUGAGCAUUUUCGGUAGGUUUAGGAGAAGAAGUAAGAAGCCGGAAGCAUUGACAAAUAAUCCCUUACUACGUGUCUGUAAACAUGGCUACAGGAGCGGAUCAGGCGGUCGGGAUGAGUCUGGUUCUGUUCAGCCUGCUGCUCUUCACGUAUUACACCGUCUGGGUCAUCGUUCUGCCGUUCGUCGACGCCCGCCACGUCCUUCACAGAUAUUUCCUUCCUCGGGAAUAUUCGGUCAUCCUGCCUGGAGUCGCUGCAGUGCUGCUGUUGCUCUGCAUAGGAACCUUCACUGCCGUCAUCCUGUGGAAAAACCGCAAACCGAAGAAAACCGACUGAGUUCAGGAAGUUCUGCGUUUUGUUUCGCUCUGGAAUCUUUCUGAGGAACUCUGGCUCCCCCUAGCGGCCGUUCUGUCCCGAUGACGUCAGAGGCUGUGCCGCAGGAAUGACGUCACAGUUCAGGAAUGCAAAACUGAUUAUUGAAUAAUGAGGAAAUCUGUAAAUAUUCAGAGUUUGUUGCCGUGGAAACAGUUUUCUAUAAAUAAAUGUAGGAGUGAAUUUGUGUACAGAUGGUUUCACUUUUGUUUACAUUGAAAUAAAAUAAAAUUUUUGCUCCUUAAAA